GCGUCUAGGUUAAGGAAACUGAGUCUAGGGAACGUUUAAUUUAAACCGUUCUGGUGAGAAAAAAAAAUCCCGAUCGGGCAACCUCGUGUCUCUCAGCCAGAGAGAGAGAGAGAGAAAGAGUAAGAGAGAAAGAGAGAGCGAGGGCGCCAGAGAGAUGGGAAUCGACAGUGUUGAGCAAGGGUAGGGAAGAGAGAGAGUGUGCGCGUGUAUCUCCUUAUAACCUGUGGCACUUGCUUUGCAACAUUAGUGAGUGCAAGACCACAGAGAGAGAGAGUGACAGGUUGCACUCGUCUCCAUCAUCCGUCUACUACUAUCUGCGCCAAGAGAGUGUCUGUAUGUGUAUGAGUGCGUGUUUAACAGUGUCCAGUUUAAGAAAAGGAAGAAAGAAAGAGAAAAAAACCACCCGAAAUAGAUUUUUACACUAAACACGUUUCUCACACGAAACUUCAAAUAAGAAUAUAUAAGUUUUCAUUUCGUCUCUUCGUUCUCCUCCCAAACUUCCUGUGUGUUUUGUUUUUAGUUUUUUAUAUUAUUAUUCUCUCUCACACACACUUCUUCAUCGCCUCUUCAUUAUGAAAUACCCAGCUUCGUCGGGGCACGAGAAAGAGCGAGGAGGUACGGAGACGGUUGUCGGUAUAGAUCAAAAGGUUUCUGUGUACGAGGAAAGAUAAGUUAUCUCUUUAUUUGUGGAUUGCCGAAAAGGAGCGUUCUUCUUCUUCGCAGAGGAGGAGGUGGAGAAGGACUUUCUCUGUCAUUAUUUUAUUAUCAUCAUCAUCAUCAUCUUCCACACAAGCGCCCCAGACGAGGAGGAAUUCUUCUUACUCUUUUAGUGCUAAUUAAUUAAUAAUAUAAAUACAAAAUAGAGAAAAACUUUGGAAAGAAGAAUAAACGUUAUACGAAAAUGUUGUCCCAUUUUUAAAAGUUCGGUGUGACACCACCCCCUCCCCCCCAACACAAAUAAAAACGUGCAGUGGUUUGUGCGAGUGGUCGUUUUUUCUUUAUUUUAUUUAUAUGAAAGAAGAAGUUUUGUGAACUACGGGCGAUGUUUUGCAAUUGAUGUUGCCCGAGCCAUGGCUAAUUCGUUCGUUAAAUGGUGCAGAGCGAAGUUCCUCAACGGUUAUAAACACAUCAAUGUGCUCGCGCAAGAAGAAGGAUAUGGGCGCUCAGACACAGAGACCUUGGUGAGGGCGUGUGAAGACGACAUCCUGCUGACGCCCGCGCCUACGCCCACCCCGCACCUCCUACAUGGCAACGGCCAGCAGCAGGCGCCCACGGGAAUCUCUCUUCGGGCGGAGCCUAUGUUUGAGGAGGUGUCCUGUGACGUCAGCGUCGCGGCAGGAGGCGAGGCGGACAGGCAGGAGUUCUCGUUCACCCUCUACGACUUCGAUGGGCACGGCAAAGUAACCAAGGACGACAUUGCCGGACUCGUGCGGACGAUAUACGACGCUGUCGGCUCCUCCCUCUCCCUACCGCCGAGCGGUUCGCGGACCAUCCGCGUCAAGCUCACUGUGGCGCCCGAAAACCGCCGGGGGAGGAACCACAACACCCACGGACAGGACCAGGAUGACAACAACAGCGCCACCACCAGCCCCCAGCAGCACCAGCAGGACCUCGGCCUGGACUCUUCCUCGAGGAAGGACGAGGAGGAGCUCCUCCUGGACCCCUGCGAGCACUCCUCCUUCGGCGGCGGCCGGAGCCACCGGCGGCGGAAGACCACCAGACGGCGGUCGACCUCCCUGCAGAGGCACGAGCUCCUGCAGAUCAUCCAGGCCAACAUGGAGAAGAACAACCUCUACUACACGCCCUUCCACCGGCGCCACCACCACCAGCACCAGCACAACCGCAGGCGGCGACGCGGCCACGCCUGCUGCAGCAGCAGCUGCGACCACUCGGGGUCGCCGCCAGACCCCGCCGAAGUGAAGGCGCGUCUCCUGGAGGAGCCCCCCGACUGCCCGUGCAGGCACACACACUUCCACAGCCACACGCACGGACACCCCAACAACAACAACAAUAACAAUCCCGUCGGAGGAGGAGGAGGAGGAGGAGGAGGGUGUAGCAGCCGAAGGCACAACCGAUCGCAUUCCCACGACCUCUCCCACGACUCCCCUCACGUGUUCCGCUGCCACCUGCUGGACAAGACCUUCCAGCCGCUGCCGCCCUCCAACACGCCCGACCAGCCGCCCUCCCCGCAGCCCGUCGGCCGCAACAACUCCUCCUCUUCCUCCGCCGGCCACCACCACCACCACCAGCAGUUCCCCCCGCAGCCUCCUCCUCCCCACCACUACCCGCGCCACUACCACUACCACCACAGAUCGAGGUCCUUCGACGGCGGCGACACCACCCACCACCACCACCACGGCUCGUCCCCGCGGGGGCGUAGCGGCAGAGUCGCCCGCAGCGGCAGCAACCAACAGCAGCAGCAGAGUAGCGGUGUGUCGCUGACGGCGGCGACUUUGUCGUCGCCUCCUCAGCAGAAGACGCAGCAGCAGCAGGAGAAGCAGGAGGCCUUUCUGACGGGGACGGAGGUGUCUCCCCACCACACGAAGCACCGGCACCGGGAGGCGGAACACGCCCGCGCCAUGGCACAGGUGGUGGCGUGGCUGGAGAGGGGGUCGUUGCUCGACUCCUCGGGGUCGCCCACGUCUCCCGAAAGCGGCGGGAGCGCUGGGGGCGUGGGCGGAGGUAACAACGCGGGCGGCGGUGGUGGAGCUUGCAGGGAACAGACCCAUCACGUGCAUCAGCACAUACACCAUCACUAUCACCAUUACACGGAGAAGCCGCCGCCCCUGCUCAUUUGAAACAACCUAAGCCACGCCCCAUCCCUGGUGCUCUGUGUCACCAUCACGUGCUGAAAAAAAAAUUUAAUUUUCUCUCUCACUAUCUCUCUCUGAACGUGAUGUGAUGGGAAUGUGCGUGGUUAUUAAACAUAUAUAACAUUUUUAACAUCCUGUUCUUCACUGCUCGUGCAGGAAACUCGAAAAGACCAAUCAAAUUCCACCCCAAUUUUGAAGGAAUCAACUUAUGUCGAAAUAUCAGUUCGUUCAGUAGAUUAAUCGAUUACGAAAAGUGGCCGAAUUGUGUUUAUGAACGAAGCCGAAUCUAAAUGGCAAUAAAUGAGACGUGUGGCCAGUGACCCAGAUGAUCUGCAGACGACCUCCAUCAGAGAGUGAGCUCCAUUUUCUGACGUGAGUCAAAUCCAGGCUCGCUGGAAAUACACUGGAAGUUAACUUGAGUGGUCUGGGAACGAAUCCAGGCGUCCUGGAAGGACACUCAAUUGUUUUAAUAGUGAAUCCAGGGGUUCUGGAGAUAAACCUGGAAGGGGAAACAAACUCUUCUCGUCCAGGAUUGAAGUCCUGGAAAUUUAAACAGAUUUCUCAUCCAGGACUAAACUGGAAGUCAUGGAAACUGGAAAAAAAAACUCUUCCAGGAGUUAUCGUGAAGUCCUGGUAAUGGAAACAAACUCUUCUCAUCCAGGAUCAAACUGGAAGCCCUGGAAACCGAAACAAACAUCCAGGAUUAAACUGAAAGUCCUGGAAACGGCAACAAACUCUUUUUAUCCAGGAUUAAACCGGAAGUCCUGGCAGUGAACCUCAAAUUCAGGUGACUUCGAAACAAAGAAAACGGGACCUCCUGAUAUUAAACCCAAAAUAAACCCAAGCUAAUUGGGUUUAGUUUUCAUCCUGCAGGGAUCAUACGCAAACCGUUGCAUCUUGCGAGAAGCCAGGUCGACGAAAAGCACUUAUAUAUAAAAAAUAUACCAUUGUUUAUUUGCAAGUUUUUUGCCUUCGUGUAUUGGUGUACAUAGAGAUUUGACUGGGCAUAAACUGCAGUACUGUGUACUUUAUACUGUGCAUUCCAUAUAUAUAUAUAUAUAAUAUUAU